AAAGAAGAGUUGGGUUGAAGCUUACCUGCUCAAGGUGAGGGGUGAAUGAAACAAAUCAAAACAAGAAAGUUUGUGGCAAAGAAAAAAGUUAUAUAGCUACUAGGUAUAGGAAAAAGCCUUAAAAAAAGCUGAUUACAUAAAGCAACUCUACUACUACUACUACUACCUUUUUCUCUCUCUUCCUUCUUCAAUUUUGCCAUUAUCAUCUUCUUUCUUUCUACUAAUAAUAAAGCUAAAUAACCCCACUACCACUACCACUACUAUUCUAACUUCACCACCACCAUUACCAGCUGUACUCCACUCACUGCACACCUUCUGUGCAAUUUAUUCGUGCUCGAAUUUUCUUAAUUUACUUCUCAAACCCACUCCACCCAUGUUACAUAACAACACUGCACCUUCUUCUUCUUCUGAUCCUGCUGCUGCUGCUUUUGCAUUAUCUGAAAAUGGGGGUGCCAAUAACAAAAGAAAAAGAAGACCAGCAGGCACACCAGAUCCAGAUGCCGAGGUUGUGUCUCUUUCACCAAAAACAUUGUUAGAAUCAGACAGAUAUGUAUGUGAGAUCUGCAACCAAGGGUUUCAAAGAGACCAAAAUCUUCAAAUGCAUAGAAGAAGACACAAAGUGCCAUGGAAAUUGCUGAAAAGGGAAACAACACAAGGGCAACAACAACAGAAGAAAAGGGUUUUUGUUUGUCCAGAACCAAGUUGUUUGCAUCAUGAUCCUUGUCAUGCUCUUGGUGAUCUUGUUGGUAUAAAGAAACAUUUUAGAAGGAAACAUAGUAAUCAUAAACAAUGGGUUUGUGACAAAUGCUCUAAAGGUUAUGCUGUUCAAUCUGAUUAUAAAGCUCAUAUCAAAACAUGUGGUACCAGAGGACAUUCGUGUGAUUGUGGUCGUGUGUUUUCCAGGGUGGAGAGUUUCAUAGAACAUCAAGAUGCAUGCACUAUCAGAAGGAAACACCAACACCAACACCAGCCAGAGUUACAAGCAACAACAUUACAACCAGCUGCAUGUUCUUCAGGAACAGCUUCAAGCACAAGUCCAUCUAGUGAGGCUAAUUUUAGUAUAGCCCCAUUACAAGGACUACCAGUACUUCCAAAACCACAUGAUAAACCAACUAAUUCAGAUAUACACAACAAACCCUCCCUUCCUAUUCAUCACCAUAACUUAGAACUUCAACUUUUACCUUCUUCUAUUAUAAAAACUCUACCAGAGAAACCAAAUUCAAAGGACCAAAACUAUGAAACACAUUUGAAACUUUCAAUAGGAAGUAAUAAUAAUGAAUUAGAGAAACAAAUGAAUAAUGUUGUUGUCAAUGAUUCCACAGUUUCUAAUUCCACAUUGGAACUAGCAAGGUUGAAGGAGUUUAAUAGUGAGGAACUAAAGUUGGCAAAGGCUGAAAAGGCUUAUGCUGAAGAAGCUAGAAAAGAAGCUAAACGUCAAAUUGAGAUAGCUGAAGUUGAGUUUGAGAAUGCUAAAAGGAUAAGGAAACAAGCACAAGAUGAGCUUGGAAAAGCUGAAGCUUUGAGAAAACAAGCUGUUAAGAAGAUAAGUAACACUGUUAUGGAAAUAACUUGCCAAGCUUGUAAACAACAGUUUCAAUCUUCAACUUCUGGUGUUCCAUCAGAAGAAACAUCCAUUGUUAUGGGUUACAUGUCGUCCGCCACCACAGAAGGUGAAGCAGAAUAGCAUAGUGCAUGUUUGGAUUUGCAGCGAGUUUGUCAGAAUAGUAAAACACUAUAAUUCUGAUAAAAACUACGCUUUGAAAUUUCGACAAAAUCACGUGGUGAUUUCGUCUGAAUUCACUAAAAAUAUGUCCAUUAUGCUUUUCAGCAAAUGAAACAAAGAAAAGCUAAUAUCUGCCUCAAAAGAAAUUAAAGAUGAUACUAGAUUGCAGGAAAGUUAAUUUACAACAAGUCAAUGAGUCAUAUGGUUCUUUCCUUAUUCUUUUUUUCUGGCUUUAUUUUUUCUUUGACUAGCUGAAAUUUGUAUUAUUUGGGGAAAAAAAGUUUCAUAUUCUUUAUUAAUAUGGUUGUCGAGAUGCAGUUUUAGGAGUUUGUUCAGUCUCUGACAGCUGUUGAACAAGGUUUGCUUAAAAUGUUUUGUAACUUUUUUAUUUGUUUAUUUGACACAUUCAUCUUUUCAUCUGUUAUUA